AUGGGCGUCACGCGCAAAGUGCUGUCCGCGGGAAACGGCGUGCAACCAAAGGCGGGCGACACAAUCACUGUCCACUGCACCGGGUACCUUGCCAACGGCAGGAAGAAGUUCUGGUCAACGCUGGAUAACAAUGAACCCUUCGCCUUCCGCGUGGGGCUCGGGCAGGUGAUCCGGGGCUGGGACGAGGGAAUGCUGAUGAUGUCUGCCGGUGAGAAGGCCGAGCUCACAAUGUCUGGCGAUUACGCCUACGGGAAAAAGGGUUUCCCCGCCUGGGGCAUUCCCCCAGAUGCCGAUCUUCUUUUCGAAAUUGAACUUCUUAAGAUAAAUUGA